CUCCCAGUAUGCAGUACAGUCGGAGCCUGGCCUGUUUGACCCCUGACCUCGCUGAACACCUUCUCCUGCACAUGAUCAACCAACGAUUACUUCGGCCCAAAUCCAUUGAACUCUUUUUCGGAUGCCAGAUCCAGAAACUCGUCCUCAACUGUUAUCCAUACGCUACCAAUGACCUGCUCCGGCAGCUACGAGCCUUCCAGUCUCUCAAAUACCUCAGCCUCACAUCCUGUCCUCUCAUCACAGAUUCCGGGCUGGAGGUGGUAUCGAGUUUACAGAGACUGCAGCAGCUGAACCUGGCGGCCUGUGUGAAGCUCACUGAUCGCUGUCUAUGCAGUCUGAAAGGUCUGAAUUUUCUUUCUCACCUGGUCUUGGACCAGACCAAAGUAGGUGAUUCAGGCAUGACAGAUUACCUGGUGUGUGCAGCUGCAUCACUUGUUCACCUCAGUCUGAAUCAGACGGGCAUCACAGAGAGAACGCUGACAGUGUUACCCAGAACUGUCCCACAGCUCCGGUUCCUCAGCAUCAAACAAACCAAGGUUUGUGAUGUGUCAGCCUUGAAGGAUCUACCAAUUCUACAGACCCUGCACCUGGAUAACUUGGACAUCACAGAGACCUCGCUGAAGGCACUCAGCUGUCACCCCACUCUCUCCUCACUUAGUGUGUCAGGACUGCAGGCACUCAAUGGAGACACCACACUGAAGAUUAUCUCAGGUCUGAAGCUGACUCAUCUGAAGCUCCCAGACAGACAUACGGUUAGCGACUCCGGACUCCAUUUCCUAUCUUUUCUGGAGCAACUGACUGAGCUUGACCUCACCGACUACACCCAGGUCACAGACCAAGGCAUCAGCUACCUGGGCAGGCUGCUGCGGUUGGUGAAGCUUUCCCUGAGUAACACUCUGGUUACAGACGCUGGGUUAGUUCACCUGCAGCUGCUGAAGAACCUCGAAGAGCUCUGUCUGGACCGCACGAGUGUCAGCAGCAAGGGGGUGGCUAAGUGCAUCAGGAACCUGCCUCGUUUACAG